AUGGAGGCGGGGGAAGAUGCUGGUCACCCGGAGGGAGUGCACGCCGACCGCAAGAAAGCGUUCAAGAAGCUCGUGGGCGUAGACAAAGAGGAGGCGACCUCUAGGCGGCGAGAGCAGUCGGUGCAGAUCCGCAAGGCCAGCCGCGACAAAGCCAUCUCGGCCAAGCGCUUCAAGCACGAAGGAGGAGGUCAAGCGGCAGAAGGGGCCGCCUGGACGGAGGGUCAGCUGGCCCAGGUCGUGGCACAGCUGCAGGCCCCGCAGCCCGCCCUGCGCGAUGCCGCCCUCCAGCAGAUGCGGCGCCUGCUCAGCUCUCCCGACCCUCCGCUCGACCUCCUGUUCCAGCUGGGGGCGAGGUUCCUGACCGAGCCGUCAGCUCCCAACCAGCUGUCGGCUGCGUGGUGCCUCACCAACGUGGCCACGGGCUCGCACGAGCAGACGCUGGAGACCCUCAAGGCCGCGCCCUUCCUCAUCAACUUCCUCACGAGCGGUGAUCCCGCGAUGCAAGAGCAGGCGGCAUGGGCCAUUGCCAACAUGGCGGGCGACAGCGUGGAGUGCCGGGACAUGCUGCGAGCCCAGGGCGCCCUGCCGCCCAUGAUCCACCUCCUCCACUCCAAGGUGUGCACCCACGCCCACGUCCACGCCCCCGAAUCAGUGUUCGUGCCCGCCGCUGCCGCUGUGGGCAACGCGCUGACCAUGGGCGUGCAGCACCCCGCAGUCGUGCAAACGGCGGCCUUUGCCCUGUGCAAUCUGGUCCGAGGGCAGCACCCGCGCCUCCACGAAGCCUUCGACGCCGGCAUCCUCGAACCCCUUCUCCACGCACUCACCCACCCGAUGGAGCUGCUGGCGAGGGCUGUGCCGGAAACCGUGCUGCCUCUCCUGCGAGUAUUCGGCAACCUCAUCAGCAGAUCGAACGCCUACACCGACGUCCUCUUGAGCUAUCCGCCCUUCCUCCCCUUCCUCGCCCACUGCAUCGGCUCCGAGACAAGGCCCGUGCGGAAGGAGGCCACGUGGGUGAUCUCCAACCUCUCCGGCGGCACGCCCGAGCACGUGCAGGCCAUUUUGCAGAGCGGCCUGGGGGACCUCAUCGUGAAGACCUUCAAGACCCAGCCCUUCGACAUCAAGAAGGAGGCCGGCUUUGCGCUGAUGAACAUCGCCUCGGAGAAGCGCAACCUGAUCUCCCUUGUCAAAGGUGGGGUGCUCCCCGAGUUCAUAUCUCUCCUGAAAGCCCCGGACCUGGAGGUCGUGGUCAUGGGGCUCGACUUUCUCGCGAUGGUGCUCGACCACCACCCCGACGGAGCACUGCUGGUGGAGGAAGAGGACGGCUUGGAGACGCUGGAGAAUCUGCAGUACAACCAAAACGAGGUCAUCGCCUCCAAGGCUACCCAGCUCGUGCGCAAGUACUAUGGCGACGAAGGCGAUAUCUGA